GCGAACGAGGGACAAGGCGGUGCUGAAUGCAAUUAGCAUAUUAACUAGCGCUCGGGUGGAUGUGCACAGAUGUUAAAGGACAACGCGGUCGGAAAAAGAAAGCAGUUUUAGCGCAAGGACCGGGCUCAUUUCUUGGUUAUUCCCAGACUGCACGCCUGCCGUGGAGAUGGGGGAUAAGGCGGGCACCAGAGUUUUCAAGAAAUCCAGUCCCAACUGCAAGCUUACGGUGUACCUGGGGAAGAGAGACUUUGUGGACCAUCUGGACCAGGUAGACCCCGUAGAUGGCGUAAUUCUGGUGGAUCCCGAGUAUCUAAAAGACCGGAAAGUCUUCGUCACUUUGACCUGCGCGUUCCGCUAUGGCCGUGAGGACCUCGACGUCCUGGGCCUCUCCUUCCGGAAGGACCUCUACAUCUCCACCUUUCAGGCGUUCCCGCCGGUCCCCGAGGAGAGUAAACCCAACAGCCGUCUUCAGGAGAGGCUGCUGAAGAAGCUGGGCCAGCAUGCCCACCCGUUCUACUUCACUAUUCCCCAGAACCUCCCAUGUUCUGUCACACUCCAGCCAGGCCCCGAGGACACUGGGAAGGCCUGUGGCGUUGAUUUUGAGAUCAGAGCUUUCUGUGCCAAGUCAAUAGAAGAGAAGAUACACAAGCGGAACUCUGUGCGUCUAGUCAUCAGGAAGGUGCAGUACGCCCCUGAGAAGCCCGGCCCCCAGCCCAUGGUGGAGACCACCCGCAGCUUCCUCAUGUCAGACCGAUCCCUGCACCUCGAGGCCUCGCUGGACAAAGAGCUGUAUUACCACGGGGAGCCCAUCAGCGUCAAUGUCCACGUCACAAACAACUCCACCAAGACCGUCAAGAGAGUCAAGAUCUCCGUCCGCCAGUACGCAGACAUCUGUCUGUUCAGCACGGCCCAGUACAAGUGUCCAGUGGCCCAGCAGGAAGCCGAUGACCAGGUGUCGUCCAGCUCUACGUUCUGCAAGGUGUACACCCUGAUCCCCACCCUGGACAAGAACCGGGAGAAAAGAGGCCUGGCUCUGGACGGCAAGCUCAAACACGAGGACACCAACCUGGCCUCCUCCACCAUAGUCAAGGAUGUCACCAACAAGGAGGUUCUUGGCAUCCUGGUAUCCUACAGGGUCAAAGUCAAGUUGGUGGUGUCGCGCGGAGGGCUUCUGAGUGGCAUACUGGAGAGAGACGUAUCGGUGGAGCUGCCCUUUGUGCUCAUGCACCCCAAGCCCAUAGACCCGCCCAUGUCCCGCCCGCAGUCUGCUGUACCAGACCUGGACCCACCCAUUGACACCAACUUGAUAGAAUUUGAGACCAACAGCAGUAUCACCCAGGACGACGACUUCGUCUUCGAGGACUUCGCCCGUCUGCGGCUCAAGGGCAUGGUGGAUGACAAGGAGGAGGACUGCUAGGAGAGCGCGCGCACAGACACACACACACACACACACGCACACACAUAACACGCACACACAUACACAACCACACGCACGCAUAAACACACACACACACACGCAUACUCAAACAUCGUAUACACGGGCACAUACACAGUCCCGAGUUAUGAAACACAAGAGGAAACAUUUCACAAGUAACGCGCAUCCGCUGGGGGCUGAUCGGCCGGCGGAGGGCCCGUGGGGGUCCGUUGGGGGGGGGGUCCGCGGGCCGAGGGGACUUCCAGCGGGCGGGUCUCUCGCCCCUGCUCGUUGCCCCGUGGCCGUUCGUUGUGCUGCCAAUGUUCUGUCUCUACACCCCCCCCCCCCCCCAUCGCCCUCUCUCUCUGUCUCUGUCUCACUCGCCCUCUCUUCUCUUCCCCGGACAGGGGUCUCUGUGGGCGGGGUGGAUUGAUUGACUGGGUGGUUGGAUUGACAGGAGGGUUUGAUUGACAGGGAGUCCCGGCUGGGCUUGUGUAUUCGGUGGAGGAUUAGGUUUGGGGAGGGUUUUAUCUUUUGGUCGGGAUUAUUAUUAUUUGUUCACAACAAGACUUCUGAAGUGUCUUAGGUCUAGUGUCUUAAGUCUUGUGUCUUAGGUCUAGUGUCUUAGGUGGAGCCAAAGCGCAAAACACAGGGGUUGGCGUCCAGGGACGGCGUCCGUGAGGAAAUGGCUUGUGUGUGUGUCCCCCCUCCCCACACCAUGCCACACACACACACACACACUUAUGCUUAUCAUAGCCAGGGCUUUUAAUUGCAAAACAAAACAAGAAAAGGGGCACCGAAACUAAUAUUGGCUCAAGUAGCCAUAUCCCGCCCCCCCCCCCCUAACCCCCCACCCCUUUCCGAAAAAUGGAUUAAAAUUUGCCAAUUUCCGGUCUCCAAAGAGAGCGGUGAAGCUGAUUGGGUCCUAGAAGUACUUUAAGUAUUGAUCCCUUCAGGAGCCAAAAGAAAAACGUUGUUUUUAAGAUAGAGCGCGUCGAGCAGCAAGCAUUUGUGCUAAAAAAAUAAAAUGUCCAACUCUUUCUACAACUUGUCAAUUGCCGUCUUAUUACAAGAUCAAUAUAUGAAACGGUCAAGAUGAUAUUUUACAAAUCGCUAAUGACCGCUGUUCUAUACAGCGACUCAUGAAGGCAGGAUGUUUUGAACCCGGUCCGGAUGGGACAGGUGCAAGCAUUGAUUUGCAGGAUUUCACCAGCAUUCCCAUUCUGCCCUGUUUUCCAAUCGUUCCAAGCGUGCUUUCCAAGCGUUACUUUCUGUAUAAAACUAAUAGACACGUCUACUGCUGCAGCAGCCAGUCUACUAGCAUUUCAGCUGCUGUUUAAGCUCCCUCAAUAACCUCCACACAGACACAGACACACACACUUUUCCACCUUGUCCUCAGCCACAGUUAUAGCUGCACUUUACACCCGAGACUCUUGAGUCACCCGCUGUGGAACGGACUCUGACUGAGACGAGUGUUUUGGCUAGGGACACGCACUUCCUGGGUGCAUUAGUGGCAGACACCUGACCAGACUAGACCACGACUAUCACGACUCGAGAUUUUCCACGAGCCGGUCCUUUUGAUCGACGGCUCACCCCGAGACCUGGACCAUCUGUGACGCGAGUAAUGCAGACCGGGUCCCAGACUCUGGUCUAAAAGGGCACACCCUCGCCGCCGCCCCCCCCCCCCCCCCCUCCAAAAUGCUUGCUUACAGCACAACCACCACUUUCUUUCCAUGUCCACGUUCUCCCGUCCCGCGGCCCUAAAACCCGGGAUUGAGCCGAGCGUCUGAGCGGCUGCAUGAUGGCGGCUGUGGGAUGCUGCGCUAGCAUAAAGGUGAGGUUCGUGUCGGUCCGCAGGCCUCUACUGCUUCGUGUCGUGUCGUUCUCAGCAUGAAUGUCGAUAGCCGUCAGUCGUUAACAUGUUUUGCGUGGUUAUCCCUGAGAUGUACGUCGCCCCCGUGUGGCUCACACGGGCGCUGCCGUUUAGGAUUGUUUUUUUCUUCUAUCAUUGGACGAUACCCCAAAGUCUCUUCUUUUUUUUUAGUUUUUUUUUGGUUUUAUUUGUUUCCCGAGGAAUUGAAGGAUGCUUUUUUGUUUCUUUUGUCACGUAUAUGCAUCAAUGCCCCCCCCCCCCCUUUUUUUUUUCUUUCUUUUUUUUGUAUAUCGCGCAAAGGAAGCUAGAGUCUGCCUUGUUUCACAGUCUGUUGUAAUAUAACUCCCAUUUCAUAUGCUCACGGAAAAUUUAAAAAGAAAAAGAAGAUCCUUCGGUCCGGACAGGAGGCGGUGGCUCUAGAAACAGUCACGCUUGCAUUUGCUUUAGUUUUAGUUUUAGUUUCGUUCUCUCUUCAGCCACAAACCACUUAGAUUUACUCAGUCUGUAACUUUAAAUUCAUAAUAAUAAUAAAAUAAAAAACCCUACGAAGUAACAGCGGGAUAAAUAUGAAGCAUGUUCUGUUUAGUUGACUUCUUCCAAGCGGUGCUGUGACGCAUACGAGCUGUGAUCGUUGUCCUCUCUAUCAUCGUACGUCUGUGCGGUUUUCUGUCGCGGCGCCUCUGCCGAGUGGACAUGUUUUGAACAAGUGCC